UUGAUUAUAUAAACAUUUUCAAAUAUUUAUUAACCAAUUUACAUAAAAUCAUUAUAAUCGUUAUGUACAUCUUUCACAUAGCUUUAGAUACACAAAAUGAUAACAUCUCACAACGUGGAGGGCCUUCUAUUUAUUAGAUUAUAUUAUAGUAAAACUAAGCACCAACUUACAAAUAUAUAUAUAUUCAAUUUGCCAAGCUCUUUUUUAAUAAGUUGAACAAUUAAAAACAUUCACAAAUACAAUAUGGAGCUUUAUAGUAUGAAAAAUACAUCUUAAUUCUGUACACAGUCAGGGGAUUAGGUUAUUUACUAAUAAGAUUGAUUCAUACUAAUUUUAAUAAACAGAUUCGUUAUGUAAUAUUGUUCCAAAUGGUUUUACUAAUAUUUUAUUUGGUAAUUGCCAUUUUCUCUCAUUGAAGAGAAGUAAUUGCAGCUGCAGAAGCUAUAAGCUUUCUAUGUGGUGAGGAUUUACUACUAAUUCUUAUUAACAUAACUACAUAGUGCUGGUUAGUGCAUCAACUAAAAUAAUAUAAAUAGGAUAAAAAUUAAAGUAACAUCUAAAACCUUCUGACCGUAAUAUUCUUAAUUUAUUUUCAUUAAAAAUAUUGAAUAAUUUAUUUUAUAAUUCCAGAUGUUUCUUUAAUUAUUAUAUACAUUUUUCUUUUAAGCAAUACAUUUAAACGGUAAUAAUUUAUUACGGUUUAAUUUUCUUUACUGCGUGAAAACAUAAACACAAUUUAUUUGACGAGAAAAAUCUCUUAAGAUUAUAACUAGACUUAACAAAAAAAAAAGCAUGCAUUACAUAUAACAUUCCAAAACGAGUAAUUAAAAUAUUUUAAUAAUAUGAGGAGUUAGAUCUGUAGCUUGAAAUAAAACAAAUCACAGUAAAUUUGAAUAUAAAUAGAUAUUUAUAAUUUUCUUAAAUUAAUUGAAAUUUUGCACGCUAGUAAGUUUAAAAUUUUACACUACAAUAUUCACAAACGAUCAACUCCACAUUAAAAGUUAUCAUUCAAGAUGCCAUUUUUAUAUUUCCUUCAUAUAGUAUUCAUCAAAUAAUGAUAAAAUAAUUGUAUUCCAUAAUAUUCUUCUUAUAUUUAUAAAGAUUUCGAUUAUAACAUUAUUUAAGUACAAUUCGUUCAGCCCUCCAUUUCUCACAGUAUCAACUUAACAUAUUAAGAAUGUCAAUCUUUUAUUUACACAAAUGACAAUUUAGAAUUUGUUUAGGAUACAUGUUUAAUGAAACUUCAUGAUCUAUGAGAAAAUAACAGUUUACUUAUUUAGGAAUGUUAUUUUCAUAACGGAUUUUAAUUUUUUUUGGAUCAUUCAAAAAUACUUAAAAUCAAUUGACUCGUAUAUUUAUAUUAUUAUAGUGUACAUUACAGUAAUAUUAAGAAUAUUAUUGCUUAUUACAAGUGAAACAGUCGUUCAUGAGCAAACAAAGAGUAAAUUUCUUUUUUCUUAAAUGUUCAUAGAUUGUAGUAUUUUUCAAGUAUUUUCGCGUAAUGAACAAUUCAGUCGAAAAAUUCAAAGGCAGACCUAGUAAUAAGUUUAGAAAUAAUCUCUUCGUUAGAUAAUUAUCAAAAUAAUUUCAAUAUACCUAUAAUAGUCCAGUGCAUACGUUUAGGACAUUAUGCAAGCAGUCCGUCAAUACAAAUUUCGGAAAUAAAAAUAAAUUAUGAUAUUUAAAAUUUCAAUAACGGAAUGUGGCGAAAUCGGUUAGUAAAAAUAAGUUGUGGAAGCGUCAUAAAGCUGACUCGAGACUUAAUAAACAUCCUUGUAAUAAAUAUAAAAUAUUUGACAAUCCGAGUAUUCUACUAAAGUUUUUUUCAUUAUGUUUUUUAGAUUUUUUUCAUAACGAUAAUUCUUAAAUCGUAGACUUUAAGGGACUCCGACAAACUGUGUACUAGCUGUUCACACGAUCGCUGCUGUUCAUACCGAAUCUUGUGAUACAUAAAGGUAACAUAUUAUAACGCGACGGGACAUUUCCGAACGCACCCUUAAUUCCCAUCAGCGCGUUCCUCGGAACGCGCCUCAACCUGCCGUGAUUGGUCCGCGACCGCGCCGCCAUCGCAAGCCGCCACUGCGCUUGCGCAUGAUAGACUGACGCCGACGCGCUGAGACGUUCUCCAUUUUGUAUUAUUGUUGUUGCGACUUGUGUGUGCGCGUGCGCUUAUAGUAAGAUUGAUUAAAGUGUUUGUUUUAAAGUUAGUCAUAGUCAUUAACCUCUCGAACGAUUAUUCGACGUUUUAUUCCAAAGUAACCCACGAAACACUCAUGAACAUUAAAAAUGGACGCCCAACUAGUGGCUUUGGAAUAAACCACGUGUGAACUUAGUGAGAAGUGACUAUCGUACAAAAUGACAAAACCGCGCGCACGUCGUCAGUCUCGUCGACAAUCCGAGUAUUUCGACCCGGCAGAGGACGAUUCUUCCCCGCCGCCGACUGCAUCGGGAAACAUUUCCGUCAACGACAUGGUCGCCAUGAUGUCUACGUGGCAACGUAACCAAGAGGAAACGUUUGAGAAACUUCUACAUACAGUUCUCAACCAAUCGCAGCGGUCAUCGCCCCCGCCCGCUCAACCUGCACACGGAAACUUCGCCUCGUGCAAGGCUCGCUACAGCGGAGCGCCAGACGAAUCACUUGACGGAUUUAUAGACGCCGUAGAGGCCUACAAGGAAUGCGCAAACGUAAGCGAAACUAUUGCACUACGUGGGUUGUCAAUGUUGUUAACUCAUGAAGCCGCGACAUGGUGGCAAGGAGUUAAGACUACCAUGAACAAGUGGGAUCACGCCCUCGCGUCCCUAAGAGGUGCGUUUGGUGAUAGCCGACCUCCACAUCGUAUAUACAAGGAGCUGUUCGCCAACCCACAAAAAGCAAGUGAGAAAACAGAACUCUUCAUCUCUAAAACUCGAGUGCUACUAUCACGUCUGCCAAAGGACGAUCUGACAACCAAAGUACAGAUGGACAUGGUGUACGAAACACUCAUAAACAUUAAAAUAUUAAUUUUUAUCACAUUACCACAGUGAACUCAGCCGAUAUAAAUUGCGACUAAUCGAAUAUGUCAAGGUGGUAGUAUUUUCCAGGCUCUUUUUUCCUUAUUGCCCUCGUAGGCAGACGGGCGUACGGCCCACCUGUUGGUGAUUGGUUACCGUUGCCCAUGAACUUCAGCAAUGCCUGGGGCAGAACCGUUAAUUACUAAAUUAAUUAUCUAAGAGUUCCGAUAACAACUACAUUCUAAAAGGUUUGUUAGUUUUCUUCGAAUGUUUAGCCUCUGGUUCUCGUGGUACAAGGAUGUAUUUUUGGAGGCGUGUGGGAUUUGUCCCUCCUUGUUUAAUUAUUCGAUUUCAAUAGGCUGUGAGUUCACGUUUAAAACAUUUUUGUAAGGAUCAACUAGACUCAUGAGUUUUUUUCGCUUUACAUCCAGAAUAAUCGAAUUGUCAAAAGAUUACCGAGACUGGCAAAUAAAUUUCUUAAUUACAAGUGUAUGAACUUUUUAGUAAUAAAAUAAAUAUAAUUUCAUUUACAAAGUACAUUCACCUAAAAAAGGUGAAAAUAAAUUAGGUAUGUAUAUUUUUUAAAGUGGAUUUGUUAAGUGAUUCUCCAGAGGUAAAUUCCAAUUGGAGUUUUCUAAACAUAACAAGUCUGUUAUAUAAAUAUCGACGCUUGAAAGGCUAAACGUGACUAAGCGACAUUAUCUGCUUUGUACAUAAAUGAUAGGCAAUAAACAU